UAUAUAUAUAUUGAUUCCUUGAAGGAGAAAGUGAAAGAAGAGAGAAAAUAAUUUGAAGGGCGAAAAAGAAGAGAAGAGAGAUGGGUGUGACGAAGGAAAACGUUGAAGCAUCCUUGAAGGCCAAACUCAACCCUUCUCAUCUUGAAGUGGUUGAUACAUCUGGAGGGUGCGGCGCUAGUUUUGUAGUGGAGAUUGUAUCAGAACAAUUUGAAGGAAAAAGGCUACUGGAGAGGCAUCGAAUGGUGAAUGCUGCCUUAGAGGAGGAACUGAAAGAGAUUCAUGCUCUCUCGAUAAAGAAAACUGUUACCCCAGAGCAGUGGAAACAACAGCAAGAAGCCAACCAAUCAAAUGCUGCUGCCUAGAUCAUAUGUUUCGGUUAUAAUCAUUUAUAAAUAAGAAAUCCAGUGUGUUACUGACUUUUGACAAUGUUUAUGGAUUUUAGCUCUCUGUACUUUUAUCGACACUCAAAUUUGUAGCUGUAGUACUAAAGUCAAGUUUACAAAAUUUCUUCCUUUCCCCUAGUUAUUAAGUAACGUGACCCUCUUUGGGUAGAAACUUUUACAUCAACUACACUUUGUUGAGCGACCCCCUUCAAGUAGAAACUUUGAAAUCAAUUGUAGUCGUAAAACACCCACCUUUCAUGCCACCAGUGAUCAUGACUUCUAACUUUUUUGUUAUUUUAACAAGGAUGAAUCAAUGAUACUUUUUUGGUGUCUGGAGACAA